AUGAUAAAGAAACGUAAUUUUUGUUUUGCUUUGUUUGUUUUGUGUUUUGCACUUCUGGGCCACCGUACUGAAAUCUACAACUCCAAGACUGAGGACGGUGAAGACAUUGUGGAAACUGCUGUUUCAUGCAAUGGAACAUGGCAAAGAAGGGGAUUUACCUUGUCGCACGGAUGUGUAACGGUCAUUUCCAUGGAAAAUGGAAAAAUGUUGGACGUAGAACCCUUGAGCAAGGUCUCCAAAGCAUGCAUCAUUUCAACCUUAGUGCCAAAGCAACUAUUGAAGUCUUCAAAGCCUUUGGUAAUAAAUCCAGGAGCUUUUCGUGUUGCUGGAGUAAGGGAAGCCGAUCGGUUUCGUGUUACGAAAUCUAGCUACGAGGCGAAGGAGAAGAAUAAAGUGCAGAGAAAGGUCAUUAGGGGAAGAAAUAAGAGGAAAG